AUGCGCGCUUACAACUCUGGUCGGAUACUGGCUCGCAAGGAUGUUUGCCGAAGAAUCGUGGAUCUGUAUGGGACUGAGUGGAUGGUCAUCCAUCGUGCCAGGUAUCACGCCCUUUUGCUGGAUGAAGCCACGCGCCUGGGCGUCGAUAUUCAUCCUGGAUGCGAGGUGCAGGACGUCGAAGUUCGACCCGACAGCACAGUGGUGAGGCUUCACGAUGGCCGGACCUUUGCUGGCCAUGUUGUCAUCGGGGCAGAUGGGUUGUGGUCGCAGAUGAGGAGGUCUGCAUGGCAGGACCACACCGAACCUUCCGAGACCGGCGAUCUGGCAUACCGUGGCACCUUUUCAGCAGACCAACUCAAGGACAUGCGAGAUGAAGGCGUGGAUGAGUUGCUGGAGGCUUCCGACGUCCAGGUGUGGAUGGGUCCGGGGAAGCAUGUGGUCUUCUACCCGCUCAAUGGUGGGACGCAGUAUAACCUUGUCUUGCUACGACCGGACAACUUGCCACCCAAUACACGAACGGGAGUCGGAAGUCUCGACGAAAUGCGCCAAACCUUCGAAGGCUGGGAUCCUCGUCUCACACGCAUGAUCGCGCAGUUAGACACAGCGCUGAAAUGGAAGCUAUGCCACUGCGAGGAACUCGAGACAUGGGUGAAAGGCAGUAUUGCGCUACUGGGAGAUGCAUGCCACCCUACGCUCCCCUACCAAGCCCAAGGCGCCGCCAUGGCGGUCGAAGAUGGUUUGGUCCUCGGUGUCCUGCUCGGGCGGCUUCAGCAGUCUCCAGAGCUGACACAGGAUGGCACGAAGCAACAGGCUUUGAACCAGGUGUUGGCGCUCUACGAACGGCUGCGCAAGGCGCGGACUACGAUUAAUGUGCAGGGCGCGCUGAAUAUGCGGGAUUUCUUCCACCUGGGAGAUGGGGAGGAGCAGGUGUGGCGAGAUGGGAUUAUGCGGGAGUAUAACGAGUCUGGGGCGUGGCCGGAGGGGUGUAGGUGGAAUUGGGGGGAUGUGGGGUAUGAGCGGUCGUUGUUGGGGUUUGAUUUGGUGGUGGAUGCUGGGGGGCAGUUCGAUCGGUGGAGGGAGGGUAGGGAAGCGUAG